AUGUCGGCCCAUACACGACGUGGAGAAGAAGGCUUUGCUCAUGGGAAACUUUCCUUUUCCGGCAUGAAGAAAACCCUACGCGACUUCGCCCAUAUAUACAUGUUUUUAGCCGCUGAAGAAGAGAUCGAGCGUGUCCAAAACCAUCCAUAUUGCGAGCUAGCUACAAACCAAUCUCACAAGGUGUUAAGCGAGAACACUUCCUCCUCGUGUUCGACCCCGACUACAACACGGCUGUGCACUUGCAGCUCAUUAGUUGGGUUUAUAAAUUGUGAAAAUUUGAGGCAAUCUAAACCCGCCAUCAUAUACACGAUAAAGUAUCUCGCGGAUGGAACGUUGGAAAGGCAUAAAGCCCGCCUUGUGGUACAAGGCAAUACUCAAGUCGAGGGUGAAGAUUAUAAUGAGACCUUUGCACCAGUGGUGAAAAUGACAACAGUACGUACAGUUUUGCGGUUAGUUGCUGCGAAUCAAUGGGAGGUUUUCCAAAUGGAUGUUAAUAAUGCAUUUCUUCAUGGUGAUCUUGAAGAAGAGGUUUAUAUGAAGCUUCCGCCUGGUUUCCGUCAUACGCAUCCCGGCAAAGUGUGUCGUCUCCAAAAGUCUCUUUAUGGUCUCAAACAAGCGCCUCGUUGUUGGUUCAAGAAACUUUCGGAUGCGUUGCUCAAGUUUGGUUUCGUGCAGUCGUAUGAUGAUUAUUCCUUGUUCUCUUUCUCUAAAGGAAUAAUGGAGAUUCGUGUUUUGGUAUAUGUUGAUGAUUUGCUAAUCACUGAUAGUGAUCCUUACAUGAUUCAGAAGUUCAAAGAUUAUUUGAGUAGGUGCUUCUCGAUGAAGGAUUUGGGGAAGUUAAAAUAUUUCCUUGGUAUUGAAGUCAGCCAUGGACCAGAAGGUUUUUUCUUGUCCCAAAGGAAGUAUUCGUUGGAUAUCGUUGCUGACACAGGAAAUCUUGGUUGUCGUCCUGCCGCCACGCCAAUGGAGCUGAACUACAACCUUGCGUUGGUUGAGAGUCCGUUGUUGGCUUGUCCGAAGAAGUAUAGGAGGCUGGUUGGUCGUCUGAUUUAUCUCUUAAAUACGCGUCCUGAGUUAUGUUAUUCGGUGCAUUUGCUGUCUCAGUUUAUGAAGGCUCCAAAUGAGGCACAUAUGGAGGCUACUCUCCGGUUGGCGGCCAACCAUAUCGCGGCGAAUCCUGUCUUCCACGAACGUACGAAGCACAUCAAGAACGAUAGUCACGUGGUGCGUAAUGCAGUUCAAGACGGUGUCAUCAUCACAAAGCAUGUCACUACUCAUGAGAAACUUGCAGACAUUUUAACCAAGGCACUCGGACGUGUUCCAUUUCGUAAGAUGAUAUCCAAGUUGGGUGUGGUCGAUCUCCACUCUCCAACUUGA